UCGAAAUUACACGCCGAUCGUUUGUCAUUCACUUCUAGUUCUCAUGACUUCUUCUUCAUGUUGUAUCCAUAGAUACAUGUAGAUCGACAUGAUGUAGCUGCAUAUAUCAGAGAUCUAGCUGUGUGAUACUAGGACCCGACUAGCCUGUAGCUAGCUAGCUAUGCGCUAGCACUGCAUUGGAAAGCAUCGAAUAUGGAUGAUGAUGAAGAAACUUUGUUUCAACCACACCACAUCAAGAUCAUGAAAGUUGCUCUGGCGCUGGCCAUCAUCAGGAGAAAACCAGAGGGUGUGAGUGGAGAGGAGUACACCAGGAGGCUGUCUCGACAGCUCGGUCAGCUGCAAACUGACUGGAGGAAGAAAGCUGUUCACUUAGAGAGAGAGCUACUCCGGACUAGACAGGAGUUGGUCAACUGUCAGGUUGCUAAGGAGCUGAACCAGCAAAAGGAGUCGUGUGAAAUAUAUUCACAGGUUGAUCCCGUCCAAACAGACUGUGAGUGGACGUCAUCUGGCUACUCUUCUAGCUUCAAUCAAGAUGAGCCCCCGGAGACUCUUAAACUUAACACCUGCAUAACUUUACAGGAUAGAAAGGAGUCUGGGCUGUCCCUAGCUCCGGGUAGCCAUGACAACAGCCUAUCAGACAGUGGAAAAGAAGGGGAGGGCGCAAUACAGGAGAGGAUUUUUGGUCAUGUCAAAUUCUGUUCUAGUGUGUCUGCUAUAAUGGGUGUGCAUAAGCAGUUAUCAGACCUAGUGGCAUUUGACCUGAGGGCAAAUCUCCAUGACACCCUUAUCGAUGCAAUGAAAGGUUUGACUGAGGCCCUUGAAUGCGGAGGAUGGUCAUCUUCAACCCCAGUGCAAAAGUUGUUCAUACCUGCUGCCAAUUCUAUUGUAGAUUGCCUGCAGCUGUGGUUGCUGACUCCAGUCCUGCCUGAUCUGACGAAGGCUUGUAAAUUUCUCAUAUCUGCCUUAGUCCAACACAUUGUGUCUAAAAGCUCCUCCCCAAUUCUGUGUUCUGUGCUGGUGGUCUUAUGUGGGGUGCAAGGAGUGGUGGUUUACACUGUAGAGGAGAUCGUCAAGGGGAUCACUAACACUGCUCAACAUCUCAGUGAUGCUCUAAAUGAUGUAGAGAGCCUGGAUGUGACCACGGUGGAGAGUGUGGGAGAUCUAACAUGUACCCUUGAAGAAUUACUAACAAAAUACCGUCCACAUUUUUGCAGUGAGAACGAGCGAGUGCGUUUGGUUGAAAAGCUAGAGUCAUCAGUGCUCGGACUAAUCUACUGUUUCCCUCUCUACUGUUAUUCUGUUUGGAGGAUCGUUGGCCACCUAUAGCUAUAGAUGCAACUGAUUGACAAUUAUACGUAGCUAUAGUGACGAUGUCUAUGUACAUGUUUUCACAAGACAAGUGUUGAUUAUUGUGUGCCAAUAGAUCCUGAUAAAUUAUGCUCGGAAUAAUUUUAGCAUAAUAGGUGUCCAAUGUUCAUUUUUGGUAAAGAUCAUUACAUUAAGUUUUGAAUAACGAUGUUCUCGUAUGGCAAAAAUUGCUGAAGGUGGAUCAGUUCAAGUCGGCAAGAUAACACUGAGAACCAUGAUAAAUUAAUUAUGUCGUGUGUCAAUUGUGUAUGUGCUGUGUUUAUGUCUACGUCUUAAUUUUGUCUAUAUCUAUAUAAAUUAUUUAUGUCACAUUUUUUUUAUGAGAGAAUA